GAAAAUAUACUUGUUAUAAUUGAUCAUUUCUACAAGUAUGUUUUUCUUAAGAAUCAUCUUUAUAUUUAUUUUUUUAAAAAUAUCAUAUGCAGAAAACACAGAUAAACUCUCAGAUUUCGAAAAAAAAUAUCCAGAAUUAUAUCAAGCAAAUCCACAUGCUUUAAAACUGGAAGCAUUGAAAAGCGGAUUUUCAGGCAAAUCUGUAAAAAAAGGAUUGGGUGUUUUUCAUAUAGGGAAUCUUGGUCAUUAUAGAGAUCAUAAACCAGUUAUAUUGCAUGUAAUUAUGGGAUUAACUGUUGGACUCGCAGAGUGUCGCGGGACACUCGCCGAAAGAUGUAAAGUCAUAAAAGCCCUAGGAAAUCCAAUAACACAAUAUUGCAAUAAACCAUAUGAUACAUGCCAAGAUUAUUUUGACGCUCGAAAUUACUUACUCCCUAUGAAAGAUCAAUUAAAAAACCCACACGCCCAUCAUGAUGCAUGCAGAACGAUUUUGCUAAAUUGCCUCUUUUUUAAACAUCGUAAUUAUAUUACUUCCGAUUGUGUUCCUUUGGUAGCAUUAUGUUAUUUGCGGGUUCGACAAAACUUUGUAGAAGCAAUUAUGACCGAAGCAUUAAGAGGGGAAAUUAAUACUAAGGGUGCUGCUGCAGCAAUGAAAAAAGUAUGUGAAAAAAUUGGACAUGAGAGUCCGGACUUGCUUCAUUUAUGUUUUAAGACCACUGUAUUAGAAAAACUUAAAAGGUCUAAUAAACAGUAUAUUGAAGAUGUUAAGUCAAGAAUAAGGACAGUUUCGACUGGAAAUUGCCGUCAGGUUUUGGAAGAAUGCUAUUUUAAUGUUCUAGAUUAUCCAGAUAUUUAUCAAUCAUGUAGGAAUUUUCGACGAUUCUGUUCAGAAAUAGGAGUUGUAUAUACUCCAGUCGAUUCCACUUUUGAUUUAUUUCAGAAGCCCCUUUCUGCAGAAAAGUUACUAAUUGAUACUUCUUCAAAAAUCUCAGAAGACUUAGGUCUUGGUUUUUCUAAAUAUGUACAAAAAAAAUCAAGCAAUCUUGAGAUUGCGGCAUAUUUAGUUAAUAAGACUUGGGUCUAUGAUAAUGAUUGCAGAAAUAAAUUAAAAGAACUAUGUCUGCAUAUUGCUUCUCUACCGCUUACAAAACAACUAUGCACAUUAGCACAUGAUAGAAAUUCGAAACUCUGUAGGGAUUUUUAUAACUCUAUUGGGACUGAAUGCUAUUCUUUAUAUUAUGAAUUUAAGAAUGUUGGAUUAUUAUACAAUUAUACUUAUCGUCUUUCAAGAGAUCAAUGCUCUAAAUAUGUAGAAAGAUGUCUUUUUCUUAGGGAGCAAUAUGCUUAUUGGAAUUCUCUAGAUACUUGUGCUAAUGUAUUUUCUUCAUGUUAUAAAGAAGAUAUGGAUUUUUCAGCCAAAUUAGAUCUUCUAAAUAGGAUAAAAGAUAAGAUUGUAGUUCCAAAAGGAAACACGAGGUAUUUUGUAGAGUUAUUGUGUAAAAGCUAUAUUGUCGCCGAAUGCAGCGCCAGUGAUUUAAUGUUCAAAUCUUAUGCUCUUAUGGAAGCCUGUCUUCACCCAGAAAGGAUCUGUAGAGAAUUAAAAAAUCAUUUUUCCGAAGAAUCUAGGAAAUUAGAAAAUAAAUUAAGGAGUAUUUUAAAACCCACAUAUUAUGAAUGCAAAGAUCUAGGACAAAAGUGCAACUCUGGAUUUUAUUUUGAUGGAGAUAUAGAAGCUCAAUGUAAUCAUUUCAAAAAAAGAUGUCAAGAUAAACAAGAGAGACUAAAAUUAAUUAAUCAUAUUGUUAAUUCAUCUGCUCUUUAUCUCGCAAAUGAAGUACAAUGCAGAACUUAUUUCGACAGUUUUUGUGGUGCGAAUGUAAAACAAGAAUUCAAACAAAUAUGCAACAAAGGAGCUAAUGGCAUAUGCCCUGAUAUGAUAGAUGAUUCUAAAGAACAUUGUGCUCAUUUGAUUAAUCAUUUAACAUCUCUUGGAAUUUCAUCGUCUUCUGCUUCACUUCCAUUGGACUAUUGCGACUCAGCGAUUAAUUACUGUAAUUCUCUUUCGAAGUUUUGCACGGAAUCAAAACGACAGUGCGAUUCUGUUAUUUCUUUCUGCACUAGCGAAUCAAAAAAAACUGAUGAAUAUGGUUCUUUUAUUGACCAAUAUCCCGCGGCUGCAGCAAAUGCAACCAAAUGCAAGGUAACUUUGAAAGAGUUAUGCCAAGAUUCAAGCAAAAAAGACUCUUAUUCAACACUAUGUGCUUAUAAUAAAGAUGGUUAUACCGAAAUAUGUAAAAACUUAAGAAAUUUCAUAGAAAAAGCAUGCGAGAAUUUGAGAAUUCAUUUACAUACUUAUGAUACAAACUCACUCAAUACGAAUAAAGGAUCUGCUCAAGAUAGAUGCACUUAUAUAAGAAAUCUUUACUUUAAAUUUAAAAAUAUAUGUUUAUUGGUUGAUCCUUUCUAUGACUUAUCUCCUAUUAUCACUCAAGAAUGUAAAACCAAUAUAUCCGAACCAGCACUGCCUGAUAAGGAUCCUCAACCUACAUCUUCACCUCAGCCAAAACCUCGGCCAAGACCUCGACCUCAACCUCAACCUCAUCCACAUCCAAAACCUCAGCCUCAGCCGACGCCAGAACCUCAGCCUCAGCCGGCGCCAGAACCUCGACCUCAGCCGACGUCAAAACCUCGACCUCAGCCAACGUCAAAACCUCGACCUCAGCCGACGCCAGAACCUCGACCUCUGCCGGUGCCAGGACCUGGACCUCUGCCGGUGCCAGGACCUCGACCUCAACCUCAACCUCAACCUCAACCUCAGCCUCAACCUCAACCUCAGCCUCAACCUCAACCUCAGCCUCAGCCUCAGCCUCAGCCUCAGCCUCAACCUCAGCCGAAGCCUCAACCACCAUCUCAGUCAACAUCAGAAUCAGCAUCGCAAUCCAAACCAAAACCAACAACACAAACAAAACCGUCACCGAGACCACACCCAAGGCCGGUGCCAAAACCAUCAUCGAUAGACACAGGACCAUCAAAAUCGGAUUCAAGCUUCAUUUUUACAGUAACAAAAACAAUAACAAAGAUAUCAGAAACAGAAAAACCAUCUACAAAACCAUCUGUGAAACCAACCUCUACAAAGACAACAUCAAAACCAUCUACAAAACCAUCUACAAAACCAUCUGUAAAACCAGCCUCUACAAAGACAACAUCAGAAUCAGAAAAACCAACAUUGGAAGAAGUUCCAGAAACUAAAGGGAAUGGUGUAAGAGUAAUAGGAUUUGAGGGGUUACAAUUAUUAUCAAUGAUUGUUGCAAUAAUAAUUGGGAUAUGGAUAAUGUAA